AUGGGAGCCUCGAAUGAAUAUAAACCACCAACUCAAGGCAUCUUCGCUCUUCUGCCCUCCGCAUUGACUCCGUACGCUGAGCUUAUGCGACUGCAUCGACUGGCCGGAUGUUAUUUCUACUACUGCCACUAUGUUAUCGGGCUGAGCUUUGCUGCCUGUGUGGCCCCAUCCCCUCCGAAACCAUGGCUACUCAUCGUCCAGGCCUCAUACUUCAUGGCCUGGGUAUUGAUUUUGCGUGGGGCUAUGUGCACUUGGAACGACAAUGUUGAUCACGACCUUGAUCGUCAGGUUGCUCGAACUCGGCUGCGACCUAUUGCCCGAGGUUCAGUGAGCCCCGUUCAAGGUCAUGUCUUCCUUCUACUGCAGCUCGUCGUUGGCGCCAUAAUACUCCAAGUUCUGCCCACGUCCUGCCUCUUCUACGCAGCCAUCACCACAUUAGCAGCACUUUUCUAUCCGUUUUGCAAACGUGUAACACAUUUACCGCAAGUAUUUCUGGGCCUUGGCUUCGGCCUAGCUAUCUUUAUGACCGGCGCAGCCCUCAACGUGGACUUCAUUCUACAGCAUUCAUCCAAUGACGGCGAUGGCCAUCACCGUCUACUCGCAGCUCUGUGUCUCUAUGCUGCCAGCGUCCUAUACACCGUUAUUGUGGAUACUCUGUAUGCUUACCAAGACAUGGAGGAUGACAUCAAGGCUGGCGUAGGCUCGCUAGCGGUUCGCCUUGGAAGAACUCCGAAAUUGGUUUUUUCGUUCAUGGCGGCCGCGCAAGUCGUAUUUCUAGUCGUUGUUGGUAUUCUCAGCCAGUUUUCAGUCAUUUACUUUGUGGGAUCAUGUGGCACAACGGCUCUUGUUCUGGUUUCUAUGGUCUCUCUGGUCAAUUUGACCGACCCUGCCAGUUGUGCUUGGUGGUUUGGUCCGGGUUCUUGCAUUUUAGGGGCUUCGAUGGCGAUAGGCAUGAUUGGGGAGUAUGCUAAACGACAAGUAUCAAGUGCGUACUUAUGA